CUUUAUUUACACUGUGAUGGUUGACGUUGAACAGACACCAGCAUGCUGACCGACAUGAUGAAGGGAAACCUCACCAACGUGCUGCCCAUGAUUGUGAUUGGUGGAUGGAUCAACUGGGCGUUCUCUGGAUUCGUCAUAACUAAGGUCCCGUUCCCUCUGACUCUGAGGUUCAAGCCGAUGUUGCAGCGAGGAAUCGACCUGCUGUCACUGGACGCCUCCUGGGUGAGUUCAGCGUCGUGGUAUUUCCUGAAUGUGUUUGGUCUGAGGAGCAUGUACAGCCUCAUCCUGGGACAAGACAACGCUGCCGACCAAUCACGGGUCAUGCAGGACCAGAUGACGGGCGCUGCCAUGGCGAUGCCCCCCGACCCCAACAAGGCUUUUAAGGUGAGACAGAAACACAAAGAAUCCACGGUUCAUAUGUUCAAGAACAAAGAUAUUAUUCAUAUUAAACUAUUUAUAGAGUUAGAUUUCAGCAGGAUUGUUUCUGACGUCAGUGAUUCAAACAUUUCCAAUAACUCCACAGAGUGUUUUUAAAGAAGUAAAGUCAGUAUUGACUGACAAAACAUCAAUGCAAUCAUUUCCAAAAUUCAUGUUUCUAGCCAUCAAUAUUCGGCUUCGAUUAAUUUCUGUUGGCGUUUCAGAAACAUUUAGUGAGAUAUCAUAUUAAUAAGUUUCUUUUCUUUAGUGUCGAAUCGCCUGAAAAUAACAACCGUUGUGUGUUCGUUAGCUUAGCAUGAGUCGUCACCUUUCUACAGGAGCCCAGAACGGACAAACCCAAGAAGUUUCACCACUAGAGGCUCCAGAUUCUACUCACGAGACCUUUAGUCCCCAAAAACCUCCUAAUUUAAUCCCUCAUGUCCUCAUUUAAUCCCUCACGUCUUCAUUUAAUCCCUCACGUCCUCAUUUAAUCCCUCACAUCUUCAUUUAAUCCCUCACGUCCUCAUUUAAUCCCUCAC